AUGGCGGCAUUUUACUCGCAGCACAUCCUACCUGAAGCGCUGACCACACAGUACUCCGUUCUCCAUCAAGGAAGACUAUACCUGGUCAAUGCUCUCGCACAAGAAGAGAGCCAAGGCGAGAGCCUCACGCAUACGCUCAUGGCUCUCCAAGCACAGCUCCACCAUAACGAAACCAGCGAUCCGCCAGUGAACACCAGAAAGCUUCGCCAACAGGUCAAGACAGUCCGUCAGAAACUCGGUUCUUGUCAGAAUCGCGAGCGUGCCCUGGCCGCCAACUUAGCCAGCGUUACUGCCCGAAUGGAAGGCGUGAAGCGAUACAACUGGCAGAACGCGCAGGCGCGAUAUGCAAUCCAGCUCCAGCAGGCUCAGCAGCAUGCGCAGAAUGUGCUCAUGAUGUCGCCGUCACGUCCAGCUUUUGCGUUGAGAAGUCCCGCAAAUGUCGAUCUUGCUGCUGAGAUGCAGUACUUGACCCUGGCGCCAUCGAGCGGUCCCGUCUUUGGGAACCGAGCCUCGCUCGACCCCUACAUUGGCAGCUUCAACCAACCGUUCGCGCCGAUAGACUUAGCAUAUCCGGCCUACGGGGAGCCAUUUCCCGCGCAGAUACAAAUGCCGUUGACUUAUCCGUCGCUUUCGCAAGAAUUGUCAGCCUGGUCCGGCUACGAGGACACACUGGUGAACACGACGAGCGACUCUUCGCCCGUGUCCGCUGUGAGCAUGACAUUGCCGAGCAUCUCACCACUAAUACAGGACUGGGGGUUGGCGAAACACAGUGAGCUCGGUCGUCAAAGGGCCUCCAGCAUGCUCGAAACGGUUCAUGAGUGCCCGCCGAUCGUCAACACUGCCGUACGUAGGUUGAGUCUGCUGGAUGGAAGCGCUGCUUUGAAGCUGGAGAGGGAAGCUGCGGAUGAGCGAUCGAAGGUCAUGUUUUUCGACCAGUCUGGGUAG